AGUCACUUCAUUCUCGCAGUUUCUCCACUCCACGGUCAAGCAAGACAGAAAAGUUGAAUUGUCUGCUGCUACCUCGAAUUGAGGUCCUCAAUUUAUUGUCCAGCCAAGGAGAAGUGACGAGUACAUCGAAAAACCAAACUUACAUAAAGGUGUUUGUCUUAAAAGGUCUCAUGUUAGUGUAAUUUUUUUGUAUCUCGUUCUUCAGUCAAGUUGAUGUUGAUACUCUUCUGUUUUGCUUUAAAUUAAAACUAAUUGUCUGCAUCAAUACAAUGUCAUCCUCACCGCCACCACCACAAACUUCGUCGUCAACGUCCUCGGAAGUGACAUUUUCUUUAGAGUGCUUCUCCAAAAUCAUCCUCCAUGUGACCAAGUACCCACAAAACCCUGUUAACGGUUUGCUGAUACGGAAAAAGUUAAAAGGCUCACCAGAAGAUCAGCCACAAGGUCCGCGGAAACUUGUUAUACAAGAUGCCAUCCCUUUGCUUCACUUGUGCAAAUACACCACUCCCAUGAUGGAAAUCGCUCUUGCACAGACAGAGCAAUUCUGCAAGGGAGCGGGAUACGAAAUCGUUGGCUACUACCAAGCUAACGAAAGCCUAAAAGAUAACACGCCUGACUUUGUUGCCUGCCGAAUAGCUGAAAAGUUGGCUGAACUCAAUCAGAACGUGUUAAUUGUAAUGGUUAACAACGAGCAAUUGAAUUCCAACUUGGAGUGUGCGCCUUUUAACCUUUACCAGAGGAUAGACGGAAAGUUAAAAGCAAAAGAGUCAAGAAUUCACCUUCAACCUGACGAAGAUGGCGCUUUGUCAACAGUUUCUGCACUUAUCCAGGCGAAAGUUUAUCGAAGUUUGAUAGAUUUCGACAAUCAUAUGGAAGACAUCAGUCUCAAUUAUUGGGUAAAUCCCACGGUAAAUCAGAUGAUUGAACAGCUCUCGUCUUGAUUUAAUAUAGAAAUUGUAGCAGGACAGAAUUGUUAAAAUAGUAUCUAAAUUUUUGUGUAUUCCACAUUUAUGAAAACUAACAAAGGUUUGUAUGUAUUGGUAUUAUGGGAAAUGUGUAGUAAGUAGUAUGCGUUUUAUUUAAGGUCAUUGAAUCGUCCUAAAGUCAGUUUUUGUCACUUUACAAUAUGAAACCAAUAUUCAGAGUAGCAGUAUCAUUUUUAAUUGUACCAAAGUCGUAAUCCAUCUACAAAUUAAACUAUAUGGUCUAAUUCUUGUUUCCUGUUGAAUUUCUAUUCGUUAAUACAAUGCAUAAUAAAUUUCAUUUUCCAAGCUUUUCCUAUGCUAA